GUUUUCAUGUGAGAGAGGAGGUGGGUUAUUUCAAAAAGUGCGAAACGAAACACGGAACACAAUCAGAUGUAGUCACAACCAUGUCGGCUUUCAGAAUCAGGUCUAUUUUUGUGAUCUUGACGCCUGUUUGUGUGUUUUUACUUUACUGCUUCAGCUUCAAGUUUUAUCCCGAUCAGAGCAAGUUCAUUGCCCACACGUUCAAACAUGCAAUCAGCAAUGAAAUAAAUAGACGUAUUGUACUUGAAAGAAAGGAAAAGUUCGACAAGUGGAUUGUCGUGACGUCAGUUUUCCAACCAUCAAAACAGCUCAGGAUCCUGGCUCAAAUUCCUGGCUGGCGUUUGGUCGUUGUCGGUGAUAGAAAGACCCCGUCAAACUGGAGUUUACCAGGCUGUGACUACCUAAGCCUGAACACACAGAAACACCUGGGAUUUUCUCUAGCUUUCCACCUGCCUUUAGGAAGUUACGCCAGGAAGAACAUUGGCUACCUGUAUGCGAUUCUAAAUGGCGCCAAGUUUAUCUAUGAAACUGACGAUGACAACAGUCCGGAAGACAACCUCAAUGGAUUUGUUCUAACUCCUAGCAUGUCUGGACUCAUGUUUGUUGGGAACAAUGUCUUUAAUCCGUACACCCAUUUUGGGCAGUCGACUCUAUGGCCUAGAGGUUACCCACUCUCUCACAUAGGCAAAAAACAGAAUCGUCAGUACAAGUGA